CACUGAAAAUGAAUCAGCGUGUGAGCGAGCUAGAUAGCACAAGCGCCUAAGCCGAAAAAUAGUUAUCUGUUUGCCUUAGAAUUAAAUAUCUCGUUAUCAAUAAAAAAAAAUUGCACAUUUCGCGAGUUGUGUCACAUUAUCUUGUACACGCAUAUAUACAUAAACGGACACUAGAUCGCAAAAGCGUGUGUGAAAUUUGCACAGACAGCAACAACAGUUUUUUGUGCGCAGCAAACAAGUGCACACUGAGUACUCAGCAAACAUUGUUGCACAGCAACAGCAACGGCAACGGCAAGCGCAGAUAUAGCAAUUGGUGCUGUAAAACGGAAGUUGUUGUCGUAGUUAACGUCGCGGGCAGAGGCGGCAGAGGCUAGUGCUACAGUAAUUGUAUAUAUAUAUAUAUUUAUGUAUAUAUUGUCGCUGCUCCCCCAGCACCGCUCAAAAGCAACAAUUUGACGACAACCAAAAAACGAAACGCACGCUCGCACCUUUGCUACCUGAGCGGAGUCCGACGCAGGGAGAGAGCAAGAGAGAGAGAGAGAGAAAGACCACAAACAGACACACACACGCAGAUACGAGUUGUUUGUUGGCACAAAGGUUAUCAGCAAUAACAAAGAACAACAACAAAAGCUUUCUGCAAGAACUGCAACUGCAACCCAAAAGCAAUCGCCGAACAACGCCUAAAACUAGUGAUUUUUUUUUUCUGCUGCUGUUAAGAGAGCGCCAGUGUGAGAGCGCAAGAGAGAGAGAGAGAGAGAGCAUCGCGUUUUAAAUAAACAUUUGCAACAACAACAAUAACAAGAGCAGCAGCAGCAACAACUGAACCACCUCGUCCCCCCGCCUACGCCAGUAACUAACAGCGCCUGGUUUUAAAUAAGCCCCCCUUCCACGCCCGCACACCAGCAUACACAUAUAUAAAUAGUUCGACACACACACACACACACACAUAUAUAUAUAUAUAUAUAUAUAAGAUGCGUGAAUACAAAAUUGUUGUUUUGGGCAGCGGCGGCGUCGGCAAAUCCGCUCUAACUGUACAAUUUGUGCAAUGCAUUUUCGUGGAAAAAUAUGAUCCCACCAUUGAGGACAGCUAUCGCAAACAGGUGGAGGUAGACGGUCAGCAGUGUAUGCUGGAAAUAUUGGAUACCGCCGGCACGGAACAGUUUACAGCCAUGCGGGAUCUCUAUAUGAAGAAUGGCCAAGGCUUUGUGCUUGUCUAUUCGAUAACGGCGCAAUCCACGUUCAAUGAUCUGCAGGAUCUGCGAGAGCAAAUAUUGCGCGUCAAGGAUACGGACGAUGUGCCCAUGGUGCUGGUUGGCAAUAAAUGCGAUCUGGAGGAGGAGCGCGUCGUUGGCAAGGAUCUGGGCAAGAGUUUGGCCAAUCAAUUCAAUUGCGCGUUCAUGGAGACCUCAGCCAAAGCCAAAGUGAAUGUGAAUGAUAUUUUCUACGAUUUGGUACGGCAGAUCAACAAGAAGUCACCCGAAAAGAAACAAAAGAAACCGAAAAAGUCCCUAUGUGUUCUGCUAUAAGACUUCCAAAAAAAAAAAAAAAAUCAUUAAAAAAAAACCAACAUAAACAAAAAAUCGAAGGAAAGCAUACAAAACCCCGAAAAGUUAAGAUUGUCAAAAUUGCAAUAACCAAGCUACAAUAUAUACAAAAAAAAAAAAA